UUCGUGAUGUGUGGUGGGGGGUCUGGCAUCGCGUCUCGUGGCCUAGGAGACCGGGGUCGCGUCGCAGGCGGAAACGCGAGCGACCGCUCGGGGCUCCGGGGACACCGAUCCAGAGCACGACCCUCGCUGCAGCCCGAGGCGCUCUGCACCGACAGCAGCGACUCCCGGAUCCAUCCCGGGAUUCCCGACCCGCUCCACGAGCCGACGUCAGCUGAGACCCCCGUGCUCUCCACUCAAGGAUUUCCAGAUUUCACUCAAAGUAUCGUACCACUCCGGAACACGGCGUUCUCCCCGCCCUGCCAGGGUCCAGGGACUCCUCGACUGAUCCGUGUGCCCCCCCCCCCCGACUCCUCGCCCCGACCUUCCACACCCCCCCCCCCAUCCCCACCGGGAUGUGCCCCCCACGGCGCGGCUCCUAAAGGCUGAGCGAGGACCCCCCCCCCCUUGCCCAUCACCACCGUGGAGCCAUGCACUAUGAGGACGCCUAUGAGAGCUUCAUGCGGCAGCAUCUCAAGCACUACGGCUACUAUCGCGGACGGAGCGAGGACGAGGAGGAGGCGAGGGGGGUCCCGCUCAGAGGUGGCCUUGGGGGGCCCAAUUCUGGCCCCCCACGCAGCUCCACCUUCCCCGGCUCCCUCGCCGAUCGCAGUAACGAGGAGGGGACUCGGCCCCCAGGCCGCCCCUCUGCGGGCCCUCGUCCGCCGGCCCCCCCGCCGUGGCGAAGCACGCAGCUGGUGCUGGAGGAGGGCGCCGGCGCCCCACGGCUGCGGGAGCCUCUGCAGGGCCCCGCGCCCAGCGCCUCGGCGCUGCCCGCGCACGCCCCGCGCUGGCCGCUCGACUGCCAGGUUGUGCCCGAGCGCGUCACCCACAUAGACUGGGACCCCUCCGAGCCCGAGCCGCUGUACGAGGCCACGGGGCGUGAGCACGAGCCGCUGUGCGUGGGCGACGAAAGCGGAGAGGUAGUGUUCGAGAUCGAGAAAGCCUCCUCUGAGCGCUGCUUCGUGUCGGCGCGGAUUGGGGGCCGCCGGGGCCCGCUAGUGCCGCCCCCCGCGGCCACGCGUGGGGAGGACGACUCCACCCUCCUGUUCGAGUCCCGCUUCGAGAGCGGCAACCUCCAGAAGGCCGUGAGAGUCGGCGAGUGGGAGUACGAGCUCACGCUGCGCUCGGACCUCUACACAGACAAGCAUACGCAGUGGUUCUACUUCCGCGUGGGCAACACGCGCGCCGCCCCGCGCCGCUACCGCUUCACCAUCACCAACCUGGGCAAGCCGCGCAGCCUCUACGGCGCCGGCCUGCGCCCACUUCUCUACUCGGAGCGCGACGCCGCGGGGCCGCUCGCCCUCGGCUGGCGCCGCGCUGGCUCCGAGGUCCGCUACUACCGCACGCGGACCGCGGCGGCGGGCGUCGCGGAGACGCGGGCGCGCUACUCGCUCACGUGGACGUUCUCGUUCCCGCACGAGGGCGACGAGUGCUACUGGGCGCACUGCUACCCCUACACGUACUCGCGUCUCGCCGCGCGCCUGGCGCGCAUCGCCGCCGACCCGCGCGCCGCGCGCUUCUGCCGCACGCGCGUGCUGUGCCGCUCCCUCGCGGGCAACCCCGUGCCCGUGCUCACCAUCACGUCCCCCGCGCCUCCUCCUCCUCGCCUCCUCGACGGCCCCGAGCGGGGGGCCCGCGACGACGGCGCCGAGGAGGAGGAGGGGGGGGGGGGCUCCGCCGAGCGCGGGGCCCGCGCGGCGCUCCUGGGCCGGGCCAAGCGCGCGGUGGUGGUGACGGCGCGCGUUCACCCCGGGGAGAGCAACUCCUCGUGGGUGAUGGAAGGGCUGCUCGAUUUCCUGCUGGGCGACUCGGCAGACGCGCGGCUCCUGCGCGACACCUUCGUGUUCAAGGUGGUGCCCAUGCUCAACCCGGACGGGGUGCUCGUGGGCAACUACCGCUGCUCGCUCUCGGGGCGCGACCUCAACCGCAACUACCGCACCGCGCUGCGCGACGCCUUCCCCCCCGUGUGGCACCUGCGCGCCAUGGUCCGCAGGCUGCUGGAGAAGCGCGAGGUGGUGAUGUUCUGCGACCUUCACGGCCACAGCCGCAGGAGCAACGUGUUCGUGUACGGGUGCGAGGGCGCGGCGGGUUCCGGGCACGGCCCCCGGGGGGGCCAGAGCGGCCGAGUCUUCCCGCUCAUGAUGAGCAAGAACAUCCCCGACAAGUUCUCCUACGAGAGCUGCCGCUUCAAGGUACAGAAGAGCAAGGAAGGCACGAGCCGCGUGUUCAUGUGGAGGAUGGGCAUCGCCAACAGCUUCACCCUAGAGACCACCUUUGCCGGCUCCACGCUAGGGGAGCGCAAGGGCACGCACUUCAGCGUAGAGGACCUGAAGUCGGUGGGGUACCAGCUGUGCGACACGCUGCUCGACUACUGCGACCCCGACCAGGCCAAGGUCGAACUGUGUGAGAGGGAGGUGAUGGAGCGGCUCCGUGCUCAGGCCACAGAGCGGAUGCGCAACCUCGGCAAAGACAGGGGGGGGCCCUGGGGGCUGGGCCUUUCCGACAUGGAGUCCAGCGAGAGUGGCUCAGACAGCUCGCAGUCAGAUGGGCUGCCCACACACCUGCUGGCGCUGCUGCCUAAGAUGCGCGUCAAGCGGCGGCGCCUCAAGUCGCGUAAGGAGCGGAACCGCACUCGCCUGGGCCUGCUGCAGGCCGUGGGAGCCGUGGGGGCCCUGGGCUCCGGCUUCCCUCCUAACGCCGGGCCCCGGCGGGUCGGGCCCCGGCGGGGCACGACCCGGCCGAGCGGAAGGGCCCUCGUGGAGGCUGCGGCCGAGGCGGCCGGGGAGCCCGUCGGCCGAAAGGAGGCAGACAAGGUGCACACGCAGCGCUACCGCAGGAGCGGCCCAGCCACCACCGUCACGGCCGCCGUUGGGGGCGCCCGGGGCGGGGCUGUGGCUGCGACCGUAACCCAGGGCCCCCCCGGUGCACAGACCAGCAUCCCCCUGGCGUAUGUGGGGAGCGACCCCCUCGCCGGCGUCUCCACCCGCGCCCUGGACGCUACCGCGUCCGCCCAGACGCAGGCCGCCACGCCGACCCUUGACCCCGGCCACGGUGACUUCUGCCCCACGCACGGCACCUUGGCCACCCAGUACCUGAGCGGCCUGCUGGAGGAGGGCUGGGGCCUGCAGUGGGAGGGCAGCGGCCUGAGCCUGCGUCACGUGACUCGUCACAUGGCGCCGUCAUCGCGUCGACGCAUGCUGCUGGGGGGGCAGCUGGUCCUGCCCGUCUCCAUGACGACCGCGCUGCCCCCGACUCCCCGCCGCCCCCCCCGCACGGCCAUCAGGCAGCACCCACUGUCCUUUGAUCCCUGGCUGGAGGAGGCCGGCGGCUUCCCGUCCUCCGGACGGCUGCAGAGGAGCAGGGAGCCGCUGUCUCUCCUGCCGGCCACGCAGCGACCCGCCUCCGUGCGGAUGGGCCCCCUAUCGCGCACCCCCAGGCCGCUGGGUGCCAUCGGCUCGGGUGAUGCCGGAACCCCCGAGCGGGGGCGGAAGCAGCAGCAGUCAAAGGAGCCAGCGGCGGAGAGAGCGUUCGCCGGGAGGCUGAGCCCCACGGCUACGAGGGAGCCGGGCCGGGGGGCCCUCGUCACCGUCACCGGGGCCCCGGGCCUCUCCGGAGAGGCCGGGCAGCGUGCUCCGCGCGGGGCAACGGGAGCGCCCGCGGGAGACACGGAGGAGCCGUGGUGGGUGGACCGGACGGACGGCACGGCAGCAGAACCACGGCCACAUGGACGCAGCUCGUGACUGGAGCCACGCCGCCCUCCAACCCCCCCACCCUCUAACCCCCCCUCAAACCCCCCCACCCUCUAAU